AUGGAGGCGAAGGCGGUGUCCGCGCUGGGUAUAGCCGGCGCGUGCUCGGUGUCGGCGGAGGAGACCGAAAAGUGGAUGGAGGAGGCGAUGAACAUGGCCAAAGAAGCUCUUGAAAACGUUGAAGUUCCUGUUGGCUGCCUUAUGGUCUACAACAAUGAAGUUGUGGGGAAGGGAAGAAAUGAAGUUAAUCAAACCAAAAAUGCUACUCGACAUGCAGAAAUGGUGGCCAUCGAUCAGGUCCUAGACUGGUGUCGUCGAAGUGGCAAGAGUCCUUCUGAAGUAUUUGAACACACCGUGUUAUAUGUCACCGUGGAGCCAUGUAUUAUGUGUGCAGCUGCUCUCCGCCUGAUGAAAAUCCCGCUAGUUGUUUAUGGCUGUCAGAAUGAACGAUUUGGUGGUUGUGGCUCUGUUCUAAAUAUUGCCUCUGCUGAAUUACCAAAUACUGGGAGACCAUUUCAGUGCAUUCCUGGAUAUCGGGCUGAGGAAGCAGUGGAAAUGUUAAAGACCUUCUACAAACAAGAAAAUCCAAAUGCACCAAGAUCAAAAGUUCGGAAAAAGGAAUGUCAGAAAUCUUGAACUCAUUCCGAUGAAAGAUUCAUGCCCCAAAGUGACCUGGACAAAAUUCUUGGAUUCAAAGCUGUUGACAUCUUUGAAUAAUAUGUUUAUACAUUGUUAAUCUGUGGGAAAUCUGUCUCUCAUCCUUUGCUCUGUUAAGGGAACAAAUUAGCACUUUUUAGAAGUCUGAUCAUUAUAAACAACUAUUAGCUUUUCCACAGGCUGAAAGGACAUUUUAAGAAGGGGAAAAAAUUAAGGUUUGAGGUUUGAGAAAUUAGCAAGUAGUGCAUGCCUUUCCAGCCACAACAUUAUGCUCAGUCCAGGAAAAUGCCAACCUUCCAGAGAAUGUGCAUCCAGACCCAGGUGCCUGGUGUGUGUCUGGAUAGAGCAUGCCACACUGCAGGCAUGUUCUCCAGGACUGGCAUUUCAGAGUUGGAUUCUUCAGUUUUUGCAGCUACUCUGUUCUUCCAGGGAACAGGGGGCCUGUGACUUCUUUUUUAAUUGUAUAUGACUUGUAUAUAUAUAGACUAUGAUUACAUGGUCCACAGAACAGAUUUCUUGCUUUUAUAAAGCAUUUAGAGAAAAAUACAUACUUUUCAAACAAGUACUUAAGUGUCAUUUUUAAAUUAUAGCAUAUUGCUAUAAUAAAAUCUUAUUUAUGCCUUCUUUGAAGAUGAAUAAUAGUCUUAAAAGAAGAAAACAAUGGGACAAUUCCUUGUUAUCUAGUAAUUAUACUGUGCUGGAAUCCAUUUGUUGCCUGGAUCAGUGGACAAAACAAAGAAUCCUGCCCUCAUGGAGCUUAUCUUCUAGCAAAGGGAGACAGGUCAUAAAUAUAAUAGAUUAUACAGUUUAUUGGAGGCUGGUAAGAGUGAUGGUAAAAAGAAAAAGGAGCACAGGGUAAAGAGGAUGAGUCAGCCAGUUUGUGGUGGGAGUGUUGGUAGCAGAAUUAAAUAGAAUGGUCGAUUUAAUCUGAAGUUGAAUAGUUAUUUCUUUUUUAAAAAAAACAGGUAAAUUAAACAUUUUAAAUCUAAAAUUUAAAACUGUGAACACAACACUGGAAAGGGUAUCCACAGCAGAAUGGCCCAGAUGGUCACCCCCCUGACUGCAGUAAGGGUUGGCUCUGAUAAAGGGGGCAGCUUUGCAGAGCUACGCUGUGCGCACUGUGCAUUGUGCCCAGAAGGGGGCCUCGCUGUUCCACCAGAAGCCCAGCUCCAAGACUUGGAGGGCAGCUCCUCAGUUGCAUUUCUUCAGUGGAUUCAUUUCCUUGAUGCAAAGCAUCUGUAUUUGUUGGUUCUGCCAUUUGAGCGAUGUCUCUGACUUGUUUGUUUUGAAUUACAUUACCGGCUGGAAUGUAAUUGUGGUGAAAGUAUUUUUAUAUUGCUGAGAGUAGCAGGUAAUCACAGUUACAUGCUUCAGAGGAUUUAUAAUUGCUUGGUUUUGUCAUGUGUGUUUUUAACUACAUUUGAACAGAUUCAUGGGGAAGAAUAUGCAUGAUUUUAAAUCUAUUAGUACAUGCACCUCUUCAAUUUCAUCUACUUUAAAAAAUAUUAAAUUUUAGUGCUUUGA